AACACGCCAAGCUCACAAAUCAACUCGGACAGAUGAAAUCUAGUCCCACCAUAGGUAAGGAUGACAUCCACAGCAGACCGACUGGCCCAUCAGCAGGCUAAGGAGCGAGGCUUUGGCACCAACAAGCAGGCAGUGAAGUUCAAACAGCAGGAUUAUGAAUCUUUGCGGCAGCAGUGUUUAAAACGUGGACGUCUUUUUGAGGACCACUGCUUUCCGGCUGAGUCCAAAUCCUUGGGUUUUAACGAACUGGGACCAUACUCAUCCAAGACCAGGGGAGUGGUCUGGAAGAGGCCGACGGAGCUGUGUUCCAAGCCAAAGUUCAUCGAUGAUGGAGCCACAAGGACAGACAUUUGCCAAGGAGUUCUGGGUGACUGCUGGCUUCUGGCUGCAAUAGCUUCUCUGACUCUGGAGCACCAGAUCCUCGCUCGAGUGGUUCCUCCUGGACAGAGUUUCACAGAAAAGUAUGCCGGGAUAUUUCACUUCCAGUUCUGGCAGUUUGGAGAAUGGACAGAUGUGGUGGUCGAUGACCGUUUGCCCACCAGAGAUGGAAAACUGCUGUUUGUUCACUCGGCACAAGGCUCAGAGUUCUGGAGCGCACUCCUGGAGAAGGCCUACGCUAAGGUCAAUGGCUGCUAUGAGGCGCUGUCAGGUGGAAACACUAUUGAGGGUUUUGAGGAUUUCACAGGGGGAAUUGCAGAGAUAUACACGUUAAACAAGCCUCCACCAAAGCUCUUUCAAAUUAUCCAGAAGGCCCUGAGCCUGGGUUCACUGUUGGGCUGCUCCAUUGACAUAUCCAGUGCCUAUGAGACAGAGGCAGUUACUGCUUCUAAACUAGUGAAAGGACAUGCAUACUCAGUCACUGGUGCAAAAGAGGUUCGUUACCGGGGCAGAAAAGUUCAACUGAUCCGUGUCAGGAACCCGUGGGGUCAGGUGGAGUGGACGGGGCCUUGGAGUGACAGAUCCAGUGAAUGGAACUACAUCAGUAAAGAUGAGAAAUCAGACCUGUACCAUGUGGCAGAAGAUGGAGAGUUUUGGAUGUCCUACUCAGAUUUCAUCAGACAUUUCUCCAGACUGGAGAUCUGUAACUUGACACCAGACACACUGACGAGCGUUGAUGUCAAGCACUGGAACCAUUACCAGUUUGAAGGGAUGUGGAGGGUUGGCUCCACUGCUGGUGGCUGCCGCAACAACACAGCCACGUUUUCAUCCAACCCUCAGUAUGUGGUGCGUUUGGAGGAUGUGGAUGAUGAUCCUCUGGAUGACAAGGAUGGAUGCACAUUUCUCGUGGGGCUGAUGCAGAAGAACGGACGACAGAAGAAGAGGCUUAACAGCAAGCUUGAGACGAUUGGCUUUGCCAUCUAUAAGGUGCCAGAUGAGUGCAAAGGCCGCAGAAAUGUUCAUCUAGGUCCAGAGAUUCUGCUGCGACAGAGAGCUGUGGCCAUGAGCAGCAGCUUCAUCAACACACGUGAAGUGUGUGACCGCUUCCGGCUUCCCCCCGGGGAAUACGCCAUUGUGCCUUCAACUUUCCACCCUCACAAGAAUGGCAACUUUGUUCUCAGGGUGUUCUCAGAGAAACAGGCCGCAACCAGUCCACUGGAGGAAGACGUUGAUGCUGAAAUAGAGGAGAAGGAGAUAUCUGAGCGUGAUGUGGAUCCUCAUUUCAAGAAUCUCUUUAAGCAGAUCGCUGGAGACGACAUGGAGGUAUCAACCUUUGAACUGGUUAGAAUUUUGAACAAUGUCGUCUCCCACCGGUCUGAUCUCAAGACGGACGGAUUCAGCCUUGAGACAGGUCGACUUAUUGUCAGUCUUCUGGACAAAGAUGAAAGUGCCAAGUUGGGACUGAUGGAAUUCCAUUUGCUUUGGAGCAAAAUCCAGAAAUAUCUGGAGAUCUUCAAGACUCACGACACGGACAACUCCGGCACCAUGAGCUCCCACGAAAUGAGAGGCGCUGCCACUGAAGCAGGUUUCCAUGUUAACAGUGCCGUGCUGCAGGCCAUUGUCAGUCGCUAUGCCGACGCUCAGUACGCCAUAGACUUUGACAGCUUUGUGGGCUGUCUCAUCAAACUGGAAAUGCUCUUCAAAAUGUUCAAGUCUCUGGAAAGGGUUGACACAGGGAAGAUUGAGCUGGACAUGCAACAGUGGCUGUGCCUGGCGAUCUACUAACUCUGGAAGCAGCAUGAUAUCAUGAUAUCAUAUGAGUGGGAAGAUGGGGUCCAUACAGUUUAUGAUCCAUUAAAGAAGUCACAUUUCAUGUAAUCUGAUUAAUGAGUGGGGCAUUUUGUGUACACUGUAGUUACUUAAAAAGAAUACAAUAUUAUGUAAGUUCAAGGGAACAUUUCCCUCACACACCAGAACUUGAUGAAUAAAAAGCCUUUUGCAACUUAAUAAUGAAACAUCCAUGAGUGAAAAUUAAAUUAUA